AUGGUAGCGGACCCACCAUCGUCGACGUCUUCUCCGGGGCGGCAGCGCCACAUCUGGUCCACCCGCGUGCAGCGAGAGCUUGAGAAAUGCCGCGUGGACGGUGCCUUGCCUUGUGGCGCUACCCUGCGACGUGUGCAGCUGUCCGAAGCCCGUGGCGUGUGCGAAGGCGAGUUCCAUUGCUUCGUUCCCUUCGUCGACGGCUCCGACGCGCUCUCCUUGGUCCCGUUGACCGAUUUGGUCAUUCGAAUGCCCUUUUCUGAACACUGUCUUGGUACGGGUCAAGUGCAGUACCCAUUUUUAGCUCCUGAAAUCGAAAUUCGCCAUGGCGCGAUUUAUCUACCAAUGGAACUUCGUGAACAAAAAGGACCCAAAGUUGACGGACAAGAACCUAUUUAUCGACUAAAGUUACCUUUAUUAGACCACUGGAGUCCAUCGACGACAUUGAAGAUGCUAUUGGACCAGCUGUUCCAGUUGGUCCAGCAGAAUGAUCCGACGCCGUCGACGCCAGUGGCGGACAAGAAAUCGUCGACCGAAAAUGGGCACAAAAAGGAGAAAAGGAAGCAGCAGCUUCUUCGGAUGCGUAAACAAGACGUUCGUGGAAGGGUGUACCCAUGUCAAGAGGUGGACUUUUCCACGUCUGUGGUGAAGCAGACGCCCAUGUUGUUGCAGUCUGGAAACGUUGCGCUGCUCGCGCCAUCGAGAGAAGUUAAAAAAGACGAGUUUGUGUACGUGCAAGAGCUCAUUUCGCUGCAGGAUGUGGUCCGCAUCACUCCACAGAAAGGCAAGUCGUUGACGCUUUUUUUCAAAACGAGGACGUUGCCAUGCCGGACGUUCUUGAGUCAGCACACGGACGAGAUCGUGAACGAUCUACGGAUCAUGAUUGGUGAGACGAGUUCACAUAAACGCCGUCACAAUCAAGGUGGUACGGCGAGUAGAGCGGACUCGGCGACGCAAUUGCUGCCGUUUCUGAGUGCCGAGCAAUCGGAAAAGGCCAAGGAAAUGUCGGCCAAGUUUAUGGGUAAACUUGGAAAAGUGGCCACGUCGGUCUCGCGCUUUCUACGUGGGGAUGAAGACGAAGCGAUGGAACAACAACAGGCGGAUCCACUUGCCAAGGCAUUUGCAGAAAUUGACGCGCAGAAAGAAGCGUUCUACCGUGUACCGUCGAAAGUCAGGAUGACGGAGAUCGCGCGGCGAUACCAGUACAUUGCGGAGGAGUAUGCGUGCCACAACAACAAGGAAGGUCAUGUCGAACGUGCCAUUUCCGAGCUGCAGCUUUUCAUCGAGCACCCCAAGACACAACGGAUCCUCAUGGAGACGCGUGCUUACGAGCAGUCCACGGCGGGUAUACGUGUUGGUCCUGCAUAA